GAAAAGGAAAAACCAAUGAUUUUGAGGAUAUGACAAAUUGCAGAAGGCGUUUGAAAGUAUAAGGAAGUGAAACUAAAAGGCCAGAGAAGUUGGCACACACACACACACACCGUGUCAAAGCUGCUCCACCAGUUCUCUCAGCAGGACACAACCCAGCAAGGACACACUCGUCCCUCCCGUUCCAUCUCUCAGGUCCUCGGGAGCUGAAGACGAGAGAGGACUGAAGAACAGGAGAGAACUUCCUCAGGCUUUUAAUGCUCCUCAUCUAACCACCCACUGACUGAGGAGCAGACGCACAUCACCAUGCAUGUGGUGGACCACUAUUAAAUUGGUCCAAAAAGUCCUAAAAUGAAUGAAGCUUCAUUUGUAAGCUGGAAGCAGUGUGUGCUCCAUCACUACUCCCCGUGUUUUAUAGAUCCAUGAUGGAUCAUCCUGAGGCAAACUGCUGUGGGAUUGGGACCCCAAAGCUUAGAUGAAUGAAUGAAUUGACAGCCUGCUGAUGACGGUGUGACAUCACAUGUUGUUUCUUGAAGCCAAAGCCCUUUCCAUGUCCAGUAGAUGGCUCCUAGAUAAUGUUUACUAAUCAUCUCAGUAACCAGUGAUUGGUUUCCUUGGUGUAGUACUUCUCAGGAUGGGCUCUGGACAGAGCAGUGACAAACUGCACUGCAACCGCUACCUGGACGGAAAGGGUCCUCCACCACUGUUCCAGCAGGCAUCGGACGACCUGAAUGGGAGGAACAGAGGACGGAGAGACAUCCAGCCAGAGGGCCAGAUGACCUGGGUGAUCCUCCCCAGGGACCUGCCAGGAUUCCCGGGAGACAACACGCUGCAGAUCAACUACAUGUUCCCAGACGGGAUACAGACCGAGAAACACCCCCACCCCGGCCAGCCUUAUGGCGGGCUGCAGCGCUCGGCUUACCUGCCCGACAACCGUGACGGCAGGAAAGUCCUCCAGCUUCUGGACAAGGCCUUCAUGGAGCAGCUCCUGUUUACUGUGACCACCAACCAGGAUGGACAGGACACAGUCGCUGCAGCUUCCAUCCCCCUGAAAAGCCAACCAGACGGAGGCAUUGACGGCUAUCCAGACUCUGACUACCUGCAGACAGUUACCAAGCUGCUGAGGGAUAAAGGCAUUGAAUAACCUGCAACACACUGCUGGAUGGACACCUCAAACAGUGCUGAUGGGAUGGAGUAUAAAAAGACAAUAUCCCUGCAGGACGGAGCUGACCAUGUCAAACUGAUUAAGUUCAUACAAUCAACAAGUUGACAGGGCAAAUGUUAGGUUUGAUGCCAUGGACGGGGUGAAAGAGUUCUGUUUAAUGAUUACAUUACACUGAAGUUAAUUUGUCUCCUAAAAUCAGUAAAUUGUAUUAUUCCAAAUUAUUUAAUAAAGAACUAACUGUGACAAUGAUUGCGUGAAAGUAUGAUACAAGUUCACGUUGAGCACGGUGGGAAAAGAGAGGCUCUGGUGUCAAUGACCACUGAAACAAUGUCAUUUGGAUUGUUUUUUAAAUAUUCUUUAGCACAAAUUGACACCUCUUUACAAAUGUGCAGGAAGGGGCUGCACUUGAAUGAAUGCAGCUUGAGGCAUGUUCUCAUUUCACGCUAGGCAAGGCAUGAUAGGCAAGUUAAUGUUCAGAAAAAAAGGAAAAGUGAAUAGCAGCAUCAAGGUGUCUCUUCAGGAAUGUGGCAUGAAUGGUGUCUAAAGAAUGAAAUCACUUGUUGAGUAGAACAUCUAUAGUUAAAGAGAGGGUUUACUGUCUUUGAAGUCAGUUUUUAACGUACGGGUACAACAUUGAUUUAGGGAUCUGUUACUAUAAUGCAGAUGUUGGGCCCUGACCAUGCUGAUGUGGGGUCCUGACGAUGCAGAUGUGGGGUCCUGACCAUGCAGAUGUUGGGUCCUGAUGUUGCUGACGUUGGGCCUCAGAGCUCCGAUUGGACAAGGGCCGCGUCAUGUGACCAAACCCCCAGUUUUCAGCAUUCCCUAAAUUAAGUCUUAAUUUCACCAGACA